AUGGCCAACCUAAACACACUUAAACUAUCUAAAGUAGAUCCGAUACAUAUUUUUGUUACUGGAGGUGGAGGUGCAGGGAAAUCACACUUGAUUAAAGCUACAUAUCAUACUGUUACAAAAACAUUUAGACAUGCUCCAAUGAAUCCUGAAUUGCCUUCUGUAUUGCUAAUGGCUCCAACUGGUGUAGUUGCCAUAAAUAUCAACGGAACAACCGUAAACACUGCUCUGGCAAUUCCAAGAGAAUGUGGGAAUAAUGUACCUGCAAUGUCUGACCAGAGAAGAACACAAAUGAGAUUGUCUUUGGCUGAAUUUAAACUUAUCAUAAUUGAUGAAAUAUCAAUGGUCUCAAACAUGGGUCUGCCGCAUAUUCACCAGAGAUUGAAAGAAAUAUUUGUUACACCUAAUAGUGAACUUUUUGCAGGAAUCAGUGUACUUGUUUUCGGAGAUUUCUUUCAGCUACCUCCAAUUCGAAGCGCAACAACAUUUUCAAAUUAUAAGAAUGAUACAUUCAAUCUGUACCAUCCCUGGCAUGUCUUUAAAAUGGCAGAACACAGAUCAUGA